UAUGAUGAAAAUGUUUUAGACGCAACAAACCUCAGCAAACUACCGCCACUGAACGUCGAGGCGUCGCCAGGAUUGUUGUAGACAUUUUUCAGAACACCAACAAACGCUGGACUGGUUCUUAAACUGGACCAAAACUAGCAAAGAAAGUUAGCCUAAGAGAAGUUUUCUUUUUUGGCGCUGACUUACUCUUUCACCCAGUUUUUCUUCCUUUUUUAGUUUUUUUCUUCGCAGCGGGGAAAUAGUUGGAGGAAGGAAGGAUGGGAAUAAGUCAGAUUUGAAGCAGAGGGAGUUGACAUGUUUGAAAGCGCCGACGGCUGAAGGGUGAAAAGGGAGGAACGUCUUCGUCUCUGUGUGUCCCCAAAAAGACGACUGUCUCAUGUCCAAGGAGACCGUCCUUCCUCCGGAUGGGCCAGCAGGGCCAGAGAAGGGCCCUAAGCAAGAGACAAGUCCACUGCUACCUGCCUCACACGAUGACCGCGACAGUGAAUCGUCAGGAAGAAGGCCAUCUCCCAGGAAACCAGCCAAUGAAGGACCAAGUCACGUGACAGGCGAGAAGCCUAAUUAUUCCGAGCCCGUAAGAACUCAACCUCACUCCGAGUCUCAACGGAUACCCUCGGAGCUCGCCGAGGGAGACUCUGCCAAGGACCAAAACGGCUUUGGCCACAACAGCACUGGCGUGCCAGCACUGAGUAAUGGCAGCGGAAUCCACCCUGGCAUCGGCGGCGCCGGGGCCACACGCAUGUGCUCCUGCGGUGCCAAUAUCAGCACGGGUGCCGCGAGGGGAUCAGACGGAAACACGAAGGCAGCGCCGUCCGCGCCGACUACAGAGCAGCCGAGGAAGCAGCCAUCCACGCCCGUGUCUCAGAGGAUGCAGAGGAAAUUGAGGUCCAGCUUGUCAGUCAACAGUGACAGCAGCAGACGCAGCUCCACUGGGUCACAGAAAGCACCUUUACCAGAGGACUGCUGCGUCCACUGCAUCCUGGCCUGCCUCUUCUGCGAGUUCCUGACACUCUGCAACAUGGUGGUGGCGCAGGCCUCGUGUGGCGCGUGCACGUCCGAGGCGUGCUGCUGCUGCUGCUGCGGCGACGACCUGGGCGACGACUGCAACUGCCCCUGUGACAUGGACUGUGGCAUCAUGGAUGCCUGCUGCGAGUCCUCGGACUGCCUGGAAAUCUGUAUGGAGUGCUGUGGCAUCUGCUUUCCCACAUAGGGGGCACCUCCGUAUCUCUGCGUGGCAUAACUGGACCCCGGGAUGAAGGAGAACGUAUAGAGCGGCUGUCACUUUAAAUUCAGCAUUAGACAGGAAGAAGUGUGUGUCUGCUUGUGUGGGUGUGUGUGUGUGUGUGUGUGUGUAUGGAUUUAUGUGAAUUCUAAUGACUGGUAUUGGCGAGUAAAGAUGUAUCGACACUGGGCUUCUCCGUAACAACCAGCUCAGCAGGGAUGAUGAGAAGUAACUCCAGAUAUAUGAACAUUAAUUAAUAAAUCUUUAGUUGAUAGUAAGUUUAUGUUAUGUACUCUCUGGAACAAAAAGUAGUAUCACAGGUUUUAUUAUUAUUAUUGUUAUCAGGAAUAGUGUUUAAUAAUCUCCAAUACUUUGCAGUCUUAGUACUCUUACUACAACACUGUAAAAAUGCCGAAGUGAUGCAUGCUGUAUUUUUGCAGCAGGCUUUCAUUCACACACCAUCGACUGUAGCACUGUAAAACAAAUCAAAACUGGUGGAAAAAUGAUCAAUUUUAUCAUUUGGUACAUUCCUACACUACGAGUAAAGACAAAAAUGAUGCUAUUUUUUUUACGACAAUAUUGUCACGGAUUUAAACUGCACAAAAUAGUAUAGUGUAUACUUUAUAACGCCAUUGUGAUUUGGUUGACUCUGAAUCUGAAUCUUGGUUUGACUGGAAAUACAGUUUUGGGUCCUCAUAUUUUCAACACAAAACAUUCUCACCAGUUUAAUGUACAGUUAAAAUAGAUUGCUUAUGUCUUUUAUUGCUUUCAAAGUCCUCCUCUACUAUUAGAAAUCGACGAUCCGGCGUUGCCAGCUGAAUAUGGCACUUGUUUUUUUUGUUCUGUGAUGCUAUUUUACAUACAUGCUGCAUGAGCGGUGUGAUAAGAAGUUUAAAAAAAACCCCAGCAAAACAGUGACCCUGGUUACACACAUAAGCGCCUUUCGGGUAUCAAGCCCAGUGACAUCACAAUACAAAUAUGGAAUUAUGAACUGUCACGUUGAAAUGGUGAACUAAUGCAGGGUAAACGCUGUUUUCUCCCCCCCCCCCCUCUUCCUUAAUUCUGUGUAUCUCGAGAUGAGGUCGUGGUGAAUCACCAGUGAAGUAAUUUUCUUGUCUCUGAGAUGUGCUUUGAUGUUUGUCUCAGUGAUGAUACUUUAAUGCUGGCCCUCAUUAGUGCUGCUUGAUAACAAAAAAAAAAAAAAAGAAAAGCGUCCCUUCAUAAUGCCAACACAGAUAAUGUGCUGUCAUGUGAAUCCCCGACUUAAUGGUUAUCGUGCAGAAGGAAGUUGUGUGGGCACCUCUUGCAGUGAAGAAUGUGUAGAAAGUAAACUUAAUUUCUAUGUUUAUGAUUAUCUCAAGCUGCACAUGUCAAGAGAACAGCAUACGUGUGUGUAUAUAUAUAAUGUGAAGAAUUUAUCUAGCAGAAAACAUCUUAACAUGUAGCUGCAGUAGUCGUCCUCCAAUACAUAGUUAUUUUUUUACUCAAUGUCUUUGACUUGAUUCUUUCCCAUUCUUUUUGAGUAAUUCCUGAACUUGACAUUCCCGACUCAUUUUAUUACUUUUGUACAUUAUCUACAAUCUCAAAGAGAACAGUUUUUUUUUUUUU